AUGGAGGAAGUCAGCCGAGUGCCGCUGGCCGGCUGGGCCGCCGCCGCUACCGGAGCCACCGGGCUCACUGGACUGCUGCUUUACCGGCUGCUCCGGGGGAAACGCCCAACGCAUUUGAGAGUGAACUGCUGGUUUUGUAACCAGCAUACAGUAGUGCCCUAUGGCAAUCGUAACUGCUGGGACUGCCCCAAAAACUGUGAACAGUACAAUGGAUUUCAGGAGAAUGGUGACUACAAUAAACCUAUCCCCGCACAACACAGUGAACAUCUGAACCAUGCAGUAUCCAGUGGCAGCACGAUCAGCGAGGUCACAAAACCGCAACAGUGGGUGAACUGUCAGCUUCUGCUGUGUAGGAAAUGCUUCAAUAAUCAGAACACCAAGAUAAAACAGCUGGCAUCCUUCAUUCCCAGGGAAGAGGAUCGAUAUGAUGAGGAGAUUGAGGUGUACAAACAUCACUUGGAACAGAUGUACAAACUCUGCCGGCCAUGCCAAACUGCUGUUGAAUUUUACAUCAAACACCAAAACCGGCAGCUGAGGGCAAUCAUGCUGAACCACCGACUGCAACGAAGGGAGGUUGACAAAAGUUAUGUACAGAGUUUUGCCAGUUCCUCGUGGAUGCGGGUUCCUGUGCCAGUCAUUGUCCUGCGCUUUCUGGCAUUCCUCAGCUGCAUGUUCCUGGUGUCUGUGGCCUGCUUGGGUUCCAGGGAUCUGUUCCCUCCUUCCUUGACAAAAACUUCCAGAUUUGAAGCGCAGAUCGGGAACGCCUCCAAGCCAGAUAUAAGGCAGCCCACUUUUUGGGAGGGGGUCCUUGAUCUCCUCCCGGAGCAUACGCUGGAGAGCAUUAACGACGCAUGGCACUUUGGGAGAAACCAUCAAGUUGGCUUAGUGGUCUUGGGUCUCCUGGCUUGUGUCUUCGCCAUGGUUUUAGCUGGUCGAAUCAGGAUGCGACGAGUUGACGCUUGUGCGUCCUUCCUUUGGACCCUGGUGAUGGGCAUCUAUCUAGCAGAAACCUACCUUCUUAGUGAAUCACCAAGCUGGCUGGACACUGCCAAGCUUGGCACAACAUCCUUGUGUUGCCUGGUCGGUUUUGCCUCUGCGGUGGCCACGCGGAAAGCAACAAGUCAACGGAGACAGCGGCCACGAAGGUACGUUUCUGGUGACCCUGCCUCUCAGUUUGGAAGCUUGGAUAAUGGGGUUGUUCUUCCGGACUUGUCGUCUGCAUUGGUAUCCACUCCACCGGGACUUCUGCAGUUGCUGAACCAGCAAGUCAAUCGCUCACAGCGCAAAGCCUCAUCGUCUUCCUUGCCUGGACGUCUGAACAGAGCUCUUUCCCUUGGAACCAUCCCAUCCCUCACCCGAACAGAUUCUGGGUACCUGUUCAGUGGCAGCCGUCCAGCAUCUCGGGCGUCCACAUACAAGGAUUCUCCAGGGUCAGAUUAUUAUUCCUUGCUGUCAGGAAGUUAUGCCUCGUCGCCUCUGCCAUCACCUACCCCAUCGGUGGCAGGCUCAGCCACAUCUAGCUGUGGAUCAAUGCUUCACAGACGUCCACUGAUUAGCCCGGCCCGCUUGAACUUGAAGGGGCAGAAGCUGAGCUUUACUCCCACCCAGUUUGACAAAACACGUCACAACUUUGAAGACGCCCCGUACCCAGACAGCAGCCUGUGUCCAUUGGAGUUCACCAACUUCAUGACGAAAAGUCUAAGUGAGUUACUAGAUGUGAAUCAGUGCUUUUCAGUGGUGUACACCAGUAUCGUGUUUGCUGCAGGUAUUCAUCACUUCUGUUCUGUCUUUGCAGCAUUGUUUUCUUUUUAA